AUGAAGGAGAAGAAGAUGGAUAUUGAAAUCUUAAAUCUCUUCAAUGGUUUUUUGAUGAAUCUCUUACUAUGUCUGACAGCAGAAAAACUGCGUAAAAAAUGGAUUCUGGCUAUGGAGGAAGUGGAUCAGUUAUUAAAGAAUAUAUUCUUUAAGGAAUGCCCAUAUCCAGAUGAAAAUCAGAUGCGUCAAUUGAGCAGGGAGCUAGCACUUGAUCCCAAACAGAUAAAGUUUUGGUUUCAAAAUAAAAGAACUCAGGCGAAGGCUCAACACGAGAGAGCAGAAAAUAUCACCCUUCGAUCUGAAAAUGAAAGAAUUCAAUGUGAGAAUUUAGCAAUGAAAGAGGCACUGAAUAACGUCAUCUGCCGGACUUGUGGUGGUCCACGUCUUGGCGAAGAAGAGAAGCAAUGUAACAUACAGAAAUUGAGAAUGGAAAAUUACUUACUGAAAAAAGAGCACGAACGGAAGCUUAACUCAUAUUCCAGCUUCAUGGGAAAAUUACCAACUUCUUUGCAAGCUGCAUCUCUUGGUGUUCGAUCUCCAUUGAAUGUUCCUGGAAAGCAAUUUUUUAGUCAAGGGAUGGAAGGCCGUCCUAUUGAUCCUGAACAAAUUUCAUGGAGACUAUCACUUCAUCAUUCCAAUUGA